CGCACUACUUUCUGACCAGCGAUAGUCUGCAUCAGGUUGCUAAGGAGUUUACACGAGCAUCACCAGACGUUCCUUCCUUCUUGACUGUUCGAAGAGCUAGCGUCAUCCCUACCCAGUACUAAAUUACCGGAAACGAUCAGGGUGUUACAAGGAGAGACUAGCAGCAACUCCAUAGUUCGCUCCCUCUGAUCGUGAUUGUCUGCUGUAACCGGGAAGAUAUUUUUGGACGGCAACAUAAAGGCAACUAAAUCUGUCCAUAUUACAAAAAGGUGCAGAGCUACACCCAUUUGAAGGGAUCUACAGAAAAUGUGCACAUUGCACACCUACCUUGGUUGAUUAUGCACUUUCCUAAGCAGAAGGCUAACCGUUAACUUUGAAGGCGCAGGAUGAAAAGAUGGCUCAACGGCUUGUGCCGCCAGGACCUGAAAGCUUCCACCUGUUUUGCCGAGAAUCUCUUGAUGCCAUUGAAAAGCGCAUUGCAGAGGAGAAAGCAAAGAAACCAAAAGGGGACCGUCGUGAUAAUGACGAUGAAAAUGGCCCAAAGCCAAAUAGUGACUUGGAAGCUGGAAAAUCACUGCCAUUUAUUUAUGGUGACACCCCUAAAGGAAUGGUUUCAGAACCCUUGGAAGAUCUAGAUCCAUAUUACAUGAAUGAAAAAACCUUUAUAGUAUUGAACAGAGGGAAGACAAUCUUCCGAUUUAAUGCCACACCUGCCUUGUACAUCUUAAGUCCUUUCAAUCCUCUUAGAAAACUAGCGAUUAAGAUAUUGGUACAUUCAAUGUUCAGCAUGCUUAUCAUGUUAACUAUCAUGACCAACUGUACGUUUAUGACCUUGAGCAACCCUCCUGAUUGGGCAAAGAAUGUUGAGUACACAUUCACUGGAAUUUACACAUUUGAAUCACUUCUAAAAAUUCUUGCAAGGGGCUUCUGUAUAGGUAAAUUUACAUUCCUUCGAGACCCAUGGAACUGGCUGGAUUUCACUGUAAUCCUCAUGGCAUAUUUGACAGAGUUUGUGGACCUGGGCAAUGUCUCAGCAUUGAGAACAUUCCGUGUUCUCCGAGCGUUGAAAACAAUAUCAGUCAUACCAGGCCUGAAGACAAUUGUGGGCGCCCUGAUCCAAUCGGUGAAGAAGCUCUCGGAUGUAAUGAUUUUGACUGUGUUUUGUCUAAGUGUUUUUGCACUAAUAGGGCUUCAACUAUUUAUGGGCAAUUUAAGACAAAAAUGUAUACGGUGGCCACCUGCCGAAUCGGGUUCCAAUUUAACUUUCUCCUUGAACAGCACAAUGGAUGUAAAUGGAACAGUGUUAAACUUAACUGAGAACGCAUUCAACUGGACGACAUACAUCAAUGACAAAACAAAUUAUUACUUCAAAAAUGGACAUAGGGAUGCUUUGCUGUGUGGCAACGGCAGUGACGCGGGGCAAUGCCCUGAAGGAUUUAAAUGUAUAAAAGGGGGCAGAAACCCAGAUUAUGGAUACACAAGUUUUGACACAUUUGGUUGGGCUUUCCUAUCAUUGUUUCGAUUAAUGACUCAAGACUUCUGGGAAAAUCUGUAUCAGCAGACCCUACGAGCAGCUGGGAAAACGUACAUGUUAUUCUUUGUGCUGGUCAUUUUCCUGGGAUCCUUCUACCUUGUGAACUUGAUUCUGGCUGUAGUUGCCAUGGCCUACGAUGAACAAAACCAAGCAACACUGGAAGAAGCGGAACAGAAGGAGGCAGAAUUCCAGGCAAUGCUUGAGCAACUGAAGAAACAGCAAGAAGAUGCACAGGCUGCCGCUGCUGCAGCUGCCAAUGAGUAUGGGGAGUACAGUGGAGGCUGCGGAGUCACUGAGAGCUCCUCAGAGGCAUCGAAACUCAGCUCCAAGAGUGCCAAGGAACGGAGAAACAGGCGCAAAAAGAGAAAACAGAAAUAUGAGGAUGAGGAAAAAGGGGACACUGAUAAAUUUCACAAAUCAGAAUCUGAAGACAACAUAAAAAGAAAAGGCUUUGGCUUUUCUAUUGAUGGAAACAGGCUUAGCUAUGAAAAGAGAUAUUCCUCCCCACACCAGUCUCUGCUGAGUAUUCGGGGCUCCCUGUUUUCUCCUCGACGCUACAGCAAAGCAAGCCUGUUCAGCUUCAGAGCGCGUAGGGAUGUAGGCUCCGAGAAUGAUUUUGCAGACGACGAACACAGCACCUUUGAAGACAGCGAAAGCAGAAGGGGUUCACUGUUUGUGCCGCAUAUGCAGGAGAGACGCAACAGUACCAUCAGCCAGACCAGUAGAUCAUCCAGAGUAAUGCUUCCCAUCAAUGGAAAGAUGCACUGCAACGUGGAUUGCAAUGGAGUGGUUUCGCUAGUGGGUGGACCAUCAGGGCCAACCUCACCUGUUGGACGCCUUCUGCCAGAGGCUACCACCACAACUGAAACUGAGACCAAGAAGAAAAGAUCUGGGUCUCAUCAGAUGUCAAUGGACUUUUUAGAUGAGCCUACUGCAAGGCAAAGAGCUUUAAGUGUGGCAAGCAUUUUAACAAACACCAUGGAUGAACUAGAAGAAUCACGACAAAAAUGCCCACCAUGUUGGUACAAAUUUGCUAACACUUACCUCAUAUGGGACUGCAGCCCAAACUGGCUUAAAAUCAAGACGAUAGUGAAUUUAAUUGUAAUGGAUCCUUUUGUAGACCUUGCAAUCACUAUCUGCAUUGUUUUGAACACAUUAUUCAUGGCCAUGGAGCAUUAUCCAGUGACCCCGGAGUUUGACAAUGUGCUGUCUGUGGGAAACCUGGUGUUUACUGGAAUCUUCACUGCAGAAAUGAUUUUCAAAAUUUGUGCUAUGGACCCAUACUAUUAUUUUCAAGAAGGCUGGAACAUUUUUGAUGGCAUUAUUGUGAGCCUUAGCUUAAUGGAGCUUGGUCUGGCAAAUGUUGAUGGGCUGUCUGUCCUGAGGUCAUUCAGACUGCUGAGAGUGUUUAAAUUAGCCAAGUCCUGGCCAACGUUGAACAUGCUCAUCAAGAUCAUUGGCAAUUCUGUGGGAGCUCUUGGAAACUUGACUUUGGUGCUCGCCAUCAUUGUUUUCAUUUUUGCUGUGGUGGGAAUGCAGCUGUUCGGAAAGAACUACAGAGACUGCGUUUGCAAAAUUGAUGAGAAUUGCGAGCUACCACGCUGGCACAUGUUUGAUUUCUUUCAUUCCUUCUUGAUUGUGUUCCGAGUACUGUGUGGAGAGUGGAUUGAGACCAUGUGGGACUGCAUGGAGGUAGCUAGUCAGAGCAUGUGCCUCAUUGUAUUCAUGAUGGUUAUGGUGAUUGGGAACCUUGUGGUAUUGAAUUUGUUCCUGGCUUUGCUUCUGAGCUCAUUUAGCGCAGACAAUCUUGCUGCUACAGACGAUGAUAGCGAAAUGAACAAUCUACAGAUUGCUGUGGGAAGGAUUCAGAGAGGCAUUGACUUCACGAAAAAAACCCUCAGAGAAUUCUUUCAAAACACGUGCAUAAGAAACAAGAAGGUUCUUAAUGAAAUCAAGCCCCUUGGAGAGCUGCACAACAUGAAAGACAGCUGCAUUUCCAAUCACACAACAGUUGAGUUAAUCAAGGAGCCAGAUUGCCAUAAGGACAGCGAUGGAAUAAGCAGCAAUGAGGAAAAGAACAUGAUCGAUGAAAGUGAUUACAUGUCCUUCAUCCAUAAUCCUAGCCUCACGGUGACAGUGCCAAUUGCAAUGGGAGAGUCCGACUUUGAGAACCUCAACACAGAGGAAUUCAGCAGUGAAUCGGACAUUGAAUGCAGCAAAGAGCAACUAAAUCAGUUCAGCUCCUCCGAGGGAAGUACUGUCAACAUCCAACCGCUUGGAGAAGGAGAGCCGAUAGAAGUGGAACCCGAGGAAUCCCUCGAGCCUGAAGCCUGUUUUACUGAAGGAUGUGUACGGAAGUUCCAGUGCUGUCAGGUGAACACAGAGAAAGGCAAAUGGAAAAUGUGGUGGAACCUGAGAAAAACGUGUUUCAGGAUUGUCGAACACAACUGGUUUGAAACGUUCAUCAUCUUUAUGAUCCUUCUCAGCAGUGGUGCGUUGGCUUUUGAAGAUAUUUACAUUGAGCAGAAGAAGACCAUCAAGAUCGUGCUAGAAUAUGCUGAUAAAGUCUUUACCUACAUCUUCAUUUUGGAAAUGCUUCUGAAGUGGGUGGCCUAUGGGUUUGCGAAGUAUUUUACCAAUGCCUGGUGCUGGCUGGACUUCCUGAUUGUUGAUGUGUCUUUAAUCAGCUUAACAGCCAAUGCCUUGGGCUACUCGGAACUAGGUGCCAUUAAGUCUCUUAGGACACUGCGAGCAUUGAGACCUUUAAGGGCCCUGUCACGGUUUGAAGGGAUGAGGGUGGUCGUCAAUGCUCUCCUUGGAGCAAUUCCAUCAAUCAUGAAUGUGCUCCUGGUUUGUCUUAUAUUCUGGCUCAUUUUUAGUAUAAUGGGUGUGAAUUUGUUUGCUGGGAAGUACUAUCACUGUGUUAACACCACGGAUGGCGAGCGCUUCCCGAUUAGUGUUGUUAACAACAAGAGCGAAUGCCUGAUGCUGAACCAGAGUGCCCGCUGGAAGAACGUGAAAAUCAACUUUGACAAUGUGGGGGCCGGUUACCUGGCACUACUGCAAGUGGCCACAUUCAAAGGAUGGAUGGACAUUAUGUAUGCAGCUGUGGAUUCACGUAAUUUGGAGUACCAACCUGAUUACGAAGUUAAUCUCUAUAUGUACCUGUACUUCGUUAUAUUUAUAAUAUUUGGAUCCUUCUUCACAUUAAACCUUUUCAUUGGUGUCAUCAUUGACAACUUCAAUCAACAGAAGAAAAAGUUUGGGGGUCAGGAUAUCUUCAUGACAGAGGAACAGAAAAAAUACUACAAUGCAAUGAAGAAGCUUGGAUCAAAGAAACCACAAAAGCCAAUUCCUAGACCAAUGAACAAGUUCCAAGGACUCGUGUUUGAUUUUGUUACAAAACAAGUCUUCGAUAUUACCAUUAUGAUUCUCAUCUGCCUUAACAUGAUUACCAUGAUGGUAGAAACAGAUGACCAGACUGAACAAAUGCAAAACAAUCUUUACAGGGUUAAUUUAGUCUUCAUUAUACUUUUCACUGGUGAAUGUGUUCUGAAGGUGGUUUCACUCCGACACUAUUACUUUACCAUCGGCUGGAACAUUUUCGACUUUGUGGUGGUGAUUCUCUCCAUAGUUGGCAUGUUUCUUGCGGAGAUAAUUGAAAAAUACUUUGUUUCACCAACCUUGUUCAGAGUUAUUCGACUUGCCAGAAUUGGCCGCAUCCUUCGACUUAUUAAGGGUGCCAAAGGAAUCCGCACACUUCUCUUUGCCUUGAUGAUGUCACUUCCUGCCUUGUUCAACAUUGGUCUACUGCUCUUUUUAGUUAUGUUUAUCUAUGCCAUUUUUGGCAUGUCAAAUUUUGCCUAUGUGAAAAAGGAAUCUGGUAUUGAUGACAUGUUCAACUUUGAAACCUUUGGCAACAGUAUGAUCUGCUUGUUUCAAAUUACAACAUCUGCUGGUUGGGAUGGUUUGCUGGCUCCCAUUCUUAACAGAGGGCAACCAGAUUGUGACAGCGAGAUAGAUCAUCCAGGUAGUUCUAUAAAAGGAAACUGUGGAAACCCGUCUGUGGGCAUUCUCUUCUUUGUCAGCUACGUUAUUAUAUCUUUUCUAAUUGUGAUAAACAUGUACAUUGCCAUUAUUCUGGAAAACUUUAGCGUCGCUACUGAGGAGAGUGCAGAACCGCUAAGUGAGGAUGAUUUUGAAAUGUUCUAUGAAGUCUGGGAGAAGUUUGACCCUGAUGCGACUCAGUUUAUGGAAUUUGCUAAACUCUCCAAUUUUGCUGAUGCUUUGGAGCCUCCGCUUCGUGUAGCAAAGCCAAAUACAAUCCAGCUCAUUGCCAUGGACCUGCCCAUGGUUAGUGGGGAGCGAAUUCAUUGCCUUGACAUAUUGUUUGCGUUCACAAAACGUGUGUUGGGGGAGGGCGGAGAAAUGGACGCUCUCCGCGGGCAAAUGGAAGAACGCUUCAUGGCAUCAAAUCCAUCCAAGGUCUCUUAUGAACCAAUAACUACAACUCUACGUCGCAAGCAGGAACACAUGUCUGCCAUUGUCAUUCAGAGAGCCUUCAGAUGCUACCUAAUCAGGCGAACAGUUAAAAAAGCCUCUUAUUUGUUCAAAGAAAACAUUAAAGCAGGUCAAAACCUACUUGAGAGAGAAAAAAUGGUGAUCGAUAAAUUUAAUGACAACUCAACCACAGAAAAAACGGAUGUAACGCCUUCCACGGCUUCCCCACCUUCCUAUGACAGUGUGACCAAACCAGACAAAUAUGAGAGAGACAAAGAAGAGAAGGAUGACAGGGGCAAAGAGUUCAGGGAGUAUAAAAAGUAAAAAGGAAAACAAAAUGCAAGCUUAAAAUUCCAUUUAUAUGACAACAUUGUUUACAGCCUGUGAAGGUGACCUGUGUCAAGGGGACUCCUUGUUUGUGUGGAGAUCUAUGCCAAACUGAUUACUAAUCUUUCAAAGUGCUUACUAAUCUUUCAAACCCUCAUCAGGACACUGUGACUCCAACUGGCAGAGGGGAGUCCAGAAUCUGGAUGAGGGGGUUACUGUUUUUGCUACACAGUUGAUGCUACUAAAGAGUCAACAUGGCUACUCAAAAAAAGGGACCAGAAAAUGUUUUUCUUAAGUGUAGUUUAAAUCUAAAACUCUUUAGUAUGACUACUAUUAACACCCAGUGUCUUGCAUUCCAACUGCCAUAUUUUUUUUUAACACAAUCUUUGUUGUUGAUGUCAUUGUUUUUAAUUUAUAGUUUGUUUAUUAUACACUGAGUAUUUUUGUAAAUAGACUUUAUGUUAACAAGAGGGGGCUUAUGUACUGCUUUAAUGGUAAGAGGGUCACAAACAAACAAACAAAUAAACAAAAACAAACAAAACCAACAAAGUUCUUGCAUGCUGCUUCCAUAAAUCAUGCAUGAAGUCCAAAAAAAAGUAUAUUUUUGACUCCCGAGUGGCGCAUCCAGUAAAGGCGCUCCGCGUGGAGUGCAGGAUAUGCCCUAUAGUAUGGAAAUCGCGAGUUCGAGUCCAGGCUAUUCCUUUGUCGACCGAGGACGGGAGCUUCCAGGAGGCUUCCAGGAGGCAGCGCCGCCCUGGGGGAGGGAGGGUUAGGUCGGCCAGGGUAUCCUCGGCUCACCGCGCACCAGCGACCCCUGUAGUCUGGCCGGGCACCUGCGGGCUUGCCUGUAAGCUGCCUGAGAGCUGCGUUGUCCUCCAAGUAUAUUUUUUAUCCCCUUCAGUGUUUCAGUGGCUCCCAACUAUUUGAGGUGUGUAUUUACCAUGUUUUGGUAAAUCCAGGUGUCUAUAUGUACCUUUAAAAAAAAAAAAGGAAAUGGGUUGUGAAGCAUAAGGAUAAGACAUGAGUCUUAUUAAGCCAUCUCUAGCUAUCAGUAAGGUUCACAUUUUAUGUGGCCAUGAAAUCCCACUGUGUGUAAAUAGUUAUUUUACUCCGUGGUGCAUAUUUGAGCAAACAAGAUUCUUGGCACAGUGGUUGUUGCAUUAAAUAUGUACCACUUUGUCUAGAUUGCAAGCUUUUGACAGGAUAUAUGCUGUAUUCUAUAUCAUACACAGUUUGGAAGCUGUCACUGAUGCAUGUUAAUAUUGCCUAUUCCAUCCCCUGCAGAGGAGUCUUCAAUUUUGGGAAGCCAUAUGUCAGUGGUGAAGUGAAACUAAUUGUUCAACAAGACCUCAUUCCUCCAUAUCAUUAAGCAACAGUUUCCUGUGUUUCUGUUCUUUUUUUAAAAAGAAGAAAUGUUUCGUUUUAGGUUUUUUAUGUUUAAAAUGGAUAUUGUCUUCUGUAUAGCCAUACUGUACAGAACACCAGCUUACAACUGGUCAAAAUAAGUGGUUAGAUUUUACUAGAUGUGAAUAUAAAUAUUGUAAGAUAUUCUUUUUUUUUUUUUGUACAUAAAAUAUGCUGUUAAAAUGGGCUUCAGGUCAACACCAUGGCCAUGUGUGUUACUUUAGAUCCAUAGCACUUUUUUCAUUCAAGAACUUCCCUGAAUAAACGAAAAUGGUAAUUUAAUUAUUUUUUAAUUCUUGCACAUAUUUUUCAUAUGUAGUUUUGUUUUGUGUAAACUGGAAUCACAAUCCUCUUGUUUCUGCAUAGUGGUAUCUUGAAACAGGGACAUGGGAUACAUCGCCUACUGUAUGAAUCAACAGUGUGGCCUGUCAACAGGGCUACUCUGGUCAUAGUCUUUGAAUCUCAAGUACUUUUAAAAUUGAAAUGUAUUUAUGAAUUUAUUUUUUAUCACACACAUAUUCAUUCUGCACUAAGAACUACUGUACAUGGAAUAUGGGUCCACAGUUACUUUUGGUUCACAAGAACACAAGGUAACUUUUAUGUAUUUUUGUGCACACCCCGGCAUUCAAUAGACUCUGUCUUUUACUAAGCUGAUCAACGUGUAGUGUAUUAGUGAACAGCAUGUGGGACAAUGCUAUUACUCAUGGUAAAAUACAUUAUAAAAAGCCAAAAGAAUAAACGCUACAGUUUUUUUCCCCCCUCAGGUAUGUCUGUUAGCAAUUUGUUAUUCAAUAGGCAUUCACCAGAGUGAACAUAGAACAUUAACACAAAUGAUAUGUUUAAUGUAGCAUCUCUUUUUCUGUAUUGGUCCAAGUAAGGUAUGUUUGCUUAAUAAUGUCUAAUGGGUUAUAUUUAAUAAAAUUGUUAAACCACAAAAAGCCAUUAUGUGUAUUGAAAUCUAUAAGUCAGAAAUGUAUGGUUAUAGCCACAUUAUUUUGGUUAUUAUUAUGUUUAGUUUUACACAGUGGAUAGGUUACUGCUCCACUGAAAAGCUUGCACCACUUAAAUGUAAAACAAUAAAGAAAAGAAGAACCUAAAAUAUUAGCAUUCUUAGAUAAUUAUUUAUAGAAAAGCAAUACAACCCUUGCACUGGAACAACAGCUUAGUAAAUCAGGCCUUAAAGGGCACAUAAAUACCUUUUUAUUUUAUUGUAUUACAUGUUCCCAUGUGUUGCUACAAUGUUUACAUAAGGUGUGUGUGUAUUGUUUUAAUUUUUUUUUUUUACAUUUUGACCACUUUUUUAAACUUUUAAAUUGCAUUCCCUGCCUCAAGAUGGCUUCCCAUGCACCUGCAUGGACCUCUCGCAACUGCAUUUCCCAUCAUCCUCCUGCUCACUGGUAAAUCCAUCUCAGUUACAUAUGUGAGCAGGAGGAUGAUGGGAAAUGUAGUUCUGAGAGGUCCAUGUGGGUACAUGAGAAGCCAUCUUGAGGAAGGAAAAAAAGAAAGAAAUAUUAAAACAACACACAUCCCUUACAUAAACAGUUAUAGCAACACAUGGGAACAUGUAACACAAUAAAAUAAAAAGGUCAUUAUGUGCCCUUUAAGUUAAUUUUGCACAGGAUUAAAUGAAAGCAUUCUGUUUUAACAAUUUUUGCAAAACAUUUUGCCAAACAUUUUUGUGUGUGUGUGUUGUUAUUUAUAUUACAAUUAGCUUUUGGCAAAAUAUCCAUCAUAAUUCCAGACAGAAGAUUAAAUAACGCAACGGCUAGGGUGUUUACAAAGAAUGUACCAACCUGGUUUUAUAUAUAUCAGGGGUCAGACGUUUGUUUUUAGCAUUAGAAGUACACUACUUUAUCAUUCUUCCAGAAAUACUCUUCAUCCUAACUCUCCCAUAACAUAAUUCUAGCACUGCUUCAUAAACACAAGGAUUGGAUCAUUUUGUUGUCAGCGAUUUCAGUGAGGUAAAAUGUUCAAGUUACAACCAGACCUCUUAAAUGGCAUAAGGAGAAACAAGAGUUUAGGGCCAGAAACAGUUCCUGCAUAAUACCCUUGGAAUGAUGAAAAACUAUUUGUGAAUUAACAUGUCUAAUUUAAUAUACUUUUUUAGCUGGGGAAUAUAUAUAUAUAUAUAUAUAUAUAUAUAUAUAUAUAUAUAUAUAUACAUGUUCCAUUUAUAGUUGGAAUUGGGCCCAAAAUUAAUCAAAUAGUCAAUUUUGAAGUCUUAAGGUGAAUACUAACUAGCCGCUAAAGCAUUAAAUAAUCGUUGGUAAUGUUUCCUUGAAAUUCUACCAAAAUGAUUCAUCCUCACAAUUAUAAAUUGUGUUUAAAAAAAAUCCAAGCCAUAUGCAUGUUGUUCUCAGCAUUCAUAUUUUCACAUUUUGCUUUUCAUGUACCAUGUACCCCAAAUGUGCUGCAUUAACGGUGGAAUGGAAGUACCAUUCUAUUCAGCAAUGACAAAAAUGGUUAUCAACCAUAGAUGCAGAGAAAACACCCCAAACCGUAACAUAGUAUAUUUGAUAAGACCUUAUUUUUACAUUUCAUGCUAUAGGCAAUUUGCAAAAAUGGUGAUCAUUUUGUGGUCUCCAGUACGGUACUGUGUGUUUCUUAGGCCAGUUUGGCAAUUUGCCCAUUUUUCUGGUGCUUUGAAUUCUGUAUUUAUUAUUUUUGUAACUCUUUGGAGGAGCCACGCUGCAACAAAUAACGGCUUAUCCGUUCAUACAAUGCCUGUCUAUGAAUCUGCCUGUCUAUCUUUCUACCUCGCUAUCUCUCUUUGUAUUUAUCUGUCUGCCGGUCUACAUGUCUUACUAUCUCUUUCUGUAUUGUUAUGGUGGGCUCUAUACAUGAUAUUGUGCAGCAUGUAAACAUGAAAUGUGUUUCUGCUAUUUAAUUUUGCUUUAAAUGUGUGUUAUUGAUAGGUCGUCAUUUCCUUUAAGCAAUGUAAAAUACAAAAAUGUAGAGCAGGGUUAAAACAAAAUUAUUGAUAGCAACUUUCAUGUUUAUUUAGAUGUAUGAUGUCAUGUUAAUACUAGACUGUCAGUCUCUGUGCAAUGCAUUGUGUCAGGGCUAUAAAUAUAUCACAUUCUGGAGCACUCGAUCAUCAGUCUUUGAGCUUGGUUCCUGUAAUUAGGCCAUAAAUAAUGAAAAGGUUAUGAUAUUGGUCCCCAUGCGUAAACAUUCCUCACUUGUAAUAUGUACUGUUCUUGAACUAUUAUAAAAAAUAUUUUAUACCACAAAAAGUGACUUUUGAACUUUUUGAUUCUUUUUAAUGAAUCAUUUUAACAUUUCUAAUACUAGAAUAUACAGUAUAUGGAUGACAUUUGUGUUUAACUAAGGUGAAAAUUAGGAUGGGGCCAUUCUAUUUUGACAUUACAAUAAAUAAACAGGAAAAAUACA